AAAAAAGCCACCUUUUUUCCUCCUGUCGGCUUCUUCUCCUCCAUUUUAUUGUUUUAUUAGCGAACCAAUUAAUCGCAACAUAUCCAUCUCAAAGGCUACAAAUCCUUCUUCUUCCAACUAAUAUUUUUGUUCUGGAAUAAAUUUUCCUCCUAAUCUCUGUUUUUCUGAGAUUUCUCUGUUUUGAAGAACGAAAUUUAGCCUCUUCACCUCUUACUUACCACUGUGGUGGUCUUAUUCGAAUCUUAUCGUCUCCUUCUCAGAUCUAAUAGUCAUCAUAUUCUUUCUAUUCCUGCUUUGCACUCGUCUUUUUUUUUUUUUUUUUUGCCCCAAUGCAGUGAAAAGGUUUUUUUUUUCAUUUAGAAUAGAGUUGGGUACCCCCACCUGAAAACCAAGAUAUCCAGCUCCCUUUUAUCCUUCGUUCAUUUAUAUUGCUUUAAAGCCUCCUCUUUGACUGCUCUAGAGUUGAUAAUGAUGUAACGGCAGGCUCAUCAUAGCUCCUGAAGUUAUUCUUUUUAGCUUGAAAAAUAUUUCUUGGAUUCCUUUUUCCUCGAGUGUGAUGUUCUUCCCCGUUUGAUUUUUGGGGAUUUGUGACUUGGCUACGAAAUCCAACUGUAUUUUCUUUUUUAUUUUCCGAGUUUUCAGAGCUUGACUGGCUGGGAUGAUAGCUUUUUCUUGCUAAAAAGCUCUCUUUUUUUGGUUCUAUAGAAAAAAAAUGAGAUCUUUGGAUUUUGUGAGCUUGAUCUACUUCUCGAAAUAACCAUUUUUAUCUUUGAGAUGAUUUGUUAGCCAUGAAGACUGUUUUGUGUCUGACCCGUCUUCUAAAAGAUAAGAUCUUUGGCUUCGAGAGCUAGAUCUUCUUCAAAGAGCCAUUUUUUAGCUUCUAAGAUGAUUUCAGGAACCAUGAAAGGCUUCUACACGAUGAAAACUUUGCUUUUUUCUUGGAUUUUGAUGGUGGGCGGUGUAAGUGGGAUUGGUGCGAACUGGGGGACGCAGACGAGUCAUCCACUGCCACCAAGCACGGUGGUUCAGCUUCUGAAAGACGAUGGGUUUCAGAAGGUAAAGCUUUUUGAUGCAGAAGAUGGGACGAUGAGUGCUCUCAGGAACAGCAAGAUAGAGGUGAUGGUCGGAAUCCCAAAUGAUAUGCUUCUGACGUUGGCAACGAAUGUGAAAGCCGCUGAAAAGUGGGUUUCAGAGAAUGUUUCCAGCUAUGUCAAUGAUGGAGUCAAUAUCAGGUAUGUUGCAGUUGGAAAUGAACCUUUCCUACAGACUUACAAUGGAAGCUUUAUUCAAAGCACUCUACCUGCACUCCAGAACAUCCAAGGAGCCCUAAUAAAGACAGGUUUGAGCAGCCAGGUGAAGGUCACAGUUCCUCUUAACGCUGAUGUAUAUGAAUCAAAGACUGGCCAGCCUUCUGAUGGUGAGUUCCGCUCAGACAUCCAUGACCUCAUGCUUAACAUUAUUAAGUUCCUAAGUGAUAAUGGCGCCCCUUUCACUGUCAACAUAUAUCCCUUCAUCAGCCUCUACAAUGACCCCAACUUUCCAGUAGAUUAUGCCUUCUUUGAUGGGACUUCAUCACCAGUGGUUGAUGGCUCCACAACAUACAAUAACGUUUUUGAUGCUAACCAUGACACUCUCAUAUGGGCUUUGAGGAAGAAUGGAUUUGGAAAUCUUCCUGUCAUAGUUGGAGAAAUAGGUUGGCCAACUGAUGGAGACAUGAAUGCAAACCUUAAUUUUGCUCAGAAGUUCAUUCAGGGCUUCAUGACUCAUAUAUCAACUGGGCAAGGGACUCCGAUGAGGCCUGGACCCAUUGAUGCCUACAUCUUUAGUUUGAUUGAUGAAGAUGAAAAGAGUAUACAGCCAGGCAAUUUUGAGAGGCACUGGGGUGUCUACACUUUUGAUGGUAUCCCAAAGUAUCAACUAAAUCUUGGAAUGAGAAAUGUUGGUCUUGCCAGAGCUAAGAAUAUCAGAUACCUGGAUAAGAAAUGGUGUGUUUUCAAGCCUACUAUAAGCCUCAGCGAUGCUAAUGUGGCACCUAGCAUCAGCUAUGCCUGUGCAAACGCAGACUGCACAAGCCUUGGAUACAAGACUUCAUGUGGUGAUCUUGAUGCAAUGGGUAAUAUCUCUUACGCUUUCAACAGCUACUACCAGAAGAAUGAUCAAGAUGAAGUAGCUUGUGGAUUCAAUAAUCUAGCUACUUUGACAAGCAAGGACCCAUCUACUUUGACAUGUAAAUUUGUGAUCAUGAUCGAGACUGAUUCUGGACUUUCCUGGAGACUCAAAGGGGUUGGAGAUGGUAGUGUUAUUGUGGUUUAUCUUUUGUAUAUGUCUUUCAUGUUUCUAAUUACAUUGUUUUAAUAUGUUAGUGCAUGUGUCAUUUUGGGGACAUCACAAGCUAUCAAUUUUCAUUCAGAUCUCCAUUAUAAGCCUAGUAUGAUAAUUUUCUCA